AUGAGUGAAGCAAUCAGCAGUGGCUUGGGCGGGAGUGAGAGAUGUGUAGUGGGGAGUGGCAGUAUCCAGCUGGAAGGCUCCGUGGAUGAAGUAAACCAGAUCAUGGAAACCAACUUGUGGCUACGUCAUAUCUGGAAUGAUUAUAAACUGCGUUGGGACCCCAGGGAAUAUGACGGCAUUGAGACUCUCCGUGUUCCCGCCGAGAUGAUCUGGAAGCCCGACAUCGUUCUCUACAACAAUGCGGUCGGCAACUUCCAAGUCGAAGGCAAGACCAAAGCUCUUCUUAAAUACGAUGGCAUGAUAACCUGGACUCCACCAGCGAUUUUUAAGAGUUCCUGUCCUAUGGACAUCACGUUUUUCCCUUUUGACCACCAAAAUUGUUCCCUGAAAUUUGGUUCCUGGACUUACGACAAAGCUGAAAUUGACCUUCUAAUCAUUGGCUCUAAAGUGGACAUGAAUGAGUUUUGGGAGAACAGUGAGUGGGAAAUUGUCGACGCUUCUGGCUACAAGCAUGACAUCAAGUACAACUGUUGUGAAGAGAUAUACACAGACAUCACCUACUCCUUCUAUAUCAGGAGGCUCCCGAUGUUUUACACCAUUAAUCUGAUCAUCCCCUGCCUCUUUAUUUCAUUCCUCACUGUGCUGGUCUUCUACCUCCCUUCUGACUGUGGUGAAAAGGUGACGCUUUGCAUUUCAGUGCUGCUUUCUCUGACUGUGUUUUUGCUGGUGAUCACAGAAACCAUCCCGUCCACGUCUCUCGUGAUCCCCCUGGUGGGCGAAUACCUGCUGUUCACCAUGAUCUUUGUCACCCUGUCCAUCGUGGUGACGGUGUUUGUGCUGAACAUUCACUAUCGCACCCCGACCACUCACAACAUGCCCACGUGGGUGAAGGCGGUCUUCCUCCGGCUGUUACCCCAGAUCCUGAUGAUGAAGAGGCCUCUGGACAAGAUGAAGAAGGCCGGAGCUGAUAGAAACCCCAAAGGAGUCUCCAGUAGGCCUGCCAAAGUCAAGUUUGAGCACCACAAAGAGCCCAGACUUCUUAAAGAAUGCUGCCACUGUCACAGAUCCGGUGGACCUGCCACCAGCAAGAGAAGAUCAAGUCAUCAGCCUUUACAGUGGACGGCUGAAAAUUCGGAGCUCUCGCCUGAAGUCGAAGACGUCAUCGAUAGUGUUCACUUCAUAGCGGAAAACAUGAAGAACCAAAAUGAAACGAAGGAGGUAGAGGACGACUGGAAGUACGUGGCCAUGGUGGUGGACAGGGUGUUCCUGUGGGUGUUUAUAAUCGUCUGUGUCUUUGGAACUGCAGGGCUGUUUCUCCAGCCGCUCCUGGGGAACACAGGGCAUUCGUAA